AUGUUCAUGUUGCACUAUCAUUUCCCAUCAUUUGCCACCACCGCUAUUUCAUCGUUACGACGAGCCACGCGACGUGAACUUGGCCAUGGGGCCCUUGCGGAAAAAGCGCUUAAACGUCUUAUUCCCAACGACUUCCCCUAUUGCCUCAGACUUGCUUGCGAUGUACUGGAAUCAAAUGGCUCAUCUUCGAUGGCUUCUGUUUGUGCCGGUUCGCUGGCGCUUUUGGAUGCUGGCGUCCAGAUGAAAGCUCCAGUAGCUGGUGUGGCAAUGGGUCUGUUUGUGGAUGAUGAACAGCGCGACUAUCGCAUCCUCACCGAUAUCAAUGGUUUGGAAGAUUAUUUUGGAGAUAUGGACUUCAAGGUGGCAGGAACAGUGCAUGGUUAUACAGCGAUGCAGCUGGAUCUGAAGAUUGCCGGGAUAAAUCCAGAAGUGGUUACGGAGGCUUUGGGAGGUGCUCAGAGUGGAUUGGAGCAUGUUCUGAAGUUGAUGAGAAACGCGCAGCCUCGAUGCCGUGAGUACUUUAAAAGCACGGUACCAAUUCACGAAACAAUACCAGUUGCAGUUUAUCAACGACAUAUCCUUUUUCGAAGCGGUGGAUACAACGCUAAGCUGGUCGAGUCGGAAACUGGCUCCAGGGUUAGACUCAUUUUGAUACUUCAGAAAACUCUUACCUCAUCGUCUGAUUGA